UUGAACUCCGAAAUUUUGGACAAAGAACUCGAGAACUUUCCUCGACUGAUCAAGUACUUUAACAGUUAUGGAGAUAUCAAAGAGUCAGAUCCAAAACGUCAAGAAGCUCAAAUUGAAGAGAUUGAGAAAUUAAUUAACCAAGUUCGAAGUAGAUUAGACAACAGCAAACAACCUGUGAAAUACCCCGAUCCAAACCAUUUCUACUAUUCACGCCAUUUUCAACUAACUGUUCUUGUUCAUUUCGCAAAAAAGAUUGACACAGCAUUAGCUUCAGCAGAAGACGAAAAUCUCAGUCAGUUACUCGUGUUAUUGAAUGAAAUCGCCUUUGCAUUAUCAUCUUCUGACAAAUUAGUUAUCAACGUCGAAUCUCUUUCCGAACACCUUUUUUCAAUUGUUGACAACGAAGAGAACUACAAGAAAGCUAAAUGGUAUCACGAUGCACUUAAUCAUAAGAUAGAUUUAGUCACUUCAUCAUGGAAAUCGAACAAUUACAACAGAGUUUUAAGUGUUGAAAUCCUUGCAGCUAUCAACAGAUAUCAGAAAUCAGUUAAAUACUCUCCACCUUCUUAUUUUGACCUCGCAUUCAACGAAUAUAUCCAUAAUCAUCCGAAAAUUACAAAAAUGCUUGGCCCUGCCUCACAAUGCCUUGCUGACCCCAACAUGGACUUUGAUUCGGCUUUCUACAUGAUUGACCACUUUCUUCAAGAUAUUUACAAAGCUUUAAAUGUUGACAUGAAAGGUCCAUUGAAACAUAUAAUUUUUACAUCACUAAUACGAUUAUUAUUUACAGAAUCAUCUGUUUACGGAAAUGGACUUAACAAACAUCAAGAAAUUGAUGGAAAAUUUUUGAUUCGUUGCCAUCGCUUUGCAAACCAAACAGUUCGUGACUUGAACCUUUCAGAUGAAGUUCUUUGUGGGUUUACUCAAGGUCUUCACAUCAGAGCUCUCUUUAAAACGAAUAAAGUUGGAGAAUUAAAAUCUUUAGAAACAAUUCUUAAUCCUAUUGAUCUAAUGUACCAAAUAUAUUCUGUUCUUCAAGAAAUUCAAAAAGCUUUCGCUCCAGGAAAAACAAUUUCUUUUGAUGACAUGUUUACUUUGUUAUUGGCUUGUAUUUCGCUCAAUCCACCUUCAAAUGCCUACUCCAUUGCGAAAUUCAUAGCACAUUGGGAUAAAAUUAACUAUUCAAACAUUAUUAGUUUAUCAAAAAAUUAUUACAUUGCUGCAAUCGACCAGUUGAUGAAGAAUAAUCCAGAUAUGUAA